GACAUCAGGGGUGUUGACUAACACUACGGGAGGAUCAGCGGGAUUUAACAUGGAUGCCUUGGGGUAGCCGAAGCUGUGUGUCGCACGUACAUUCCCGGUGAAAAAAUGCUGGAGUUCGGCUAUUCCUGAGAAACGCUGCACUUUGACAGCUAUUGUAGCAUCGCGUGGACUCGACUUGAAGGCCCUGGAUUAGGCUACUGAGAAGAUGUCGGGCUGACACAUCUGCGUUUGCAUCCGCUGCACUUUUUCCCCUCUUUCUUUUCCCCUCUUCUCCUAUCUUGGCUAUAUUGCCAUUUACCAUCCUUUUCCUCCAGCCCAUUUUCCCCCGACUGCAUCCAAGCGUUCCGCUAUGGUGGACACAGAUACGCCCAGGAAGCCCUCCGCGGUUCCGGAGAUCAGACCACUGGACCGGUACGACUUCGGUCGGGCGAAGAUAUGCGCCAGUGUUCGGUGGCUUCUGAUUACGGCCUAUGGAUCUGGAGAGGGUGUCCCGGAAGACCUUCAGGAGCCGCUGUCUCAGGACGGGCCCAAACAGCACAAGCAGCAGCAGAAACAGCUGAAGCCUGGUGUGGAGCGGCUGCUUCUGUCCUGUGAGCUGUACAGUCGCGCCUACUCCAGUGUCCAGCAGGGGGCGUCAUCAUCAUCAGAGGGGAAUGCUAACGUUAAUACGGCACCACGGGACCAUGCUGCUCUGCUGCAGGCCCUGGCCCAGAGGGGCCUGGAGGCGGCCGUGCGGGAGGGAGAGCUCUCCUGCCAGCCAAUCAAAGUGGGUGCUCACCUGGCGGUGAUUGACGCGCUGAUGACCCUAUCAGCUAUGGAGGCGGUGGGGGGCGUGAAGAUCGCCAAGGAGGUGGAGCAGCUCGGGGGCGGGCCCUCCUGGGAGAACGCCCUCCUCUUCUGGGUCAACAAGUUGAUCCAUAAGUUGAGAGAGAGUACUGACUUUGAGGAGGUGCCGAAGCCCCAGAACACCUGCACAGACCUGCAGCAAGUCCAGCCAUCAUGUCCGACUCGGUGGUACUGGAAGUUGGUGCCUCAUGCCAUCGCUUUUUGUUUGAAGGAGUCUGGGAAUAAGCCGGCAGUGAUCCGCUACAGGAAGGAUAAGGUGCAGUCCAAGCAGACCCCUACCUUCCCCUUUGUGUGUGAGGUGAAGGACCUGUCCAAUGGCUGUGCCAUAGCCGCCAUACUGCACUUCUACUGCCCAACACUGCUGCGGCUCGAAGAUGUGUGUUUGAAGGACACCAUGUCUGUGGCGGACAGCCUGUACAACCUGCAGCUGAUCCGGGAGUUCUGUGAGAGCUCUCUGAAGGGGUGCUGCCCCCUGGUGCUGGAGGACCUGCUCUACACCCCACCCACACUCAGGCUGAACAUCAUGUGCUUCAUGGGGGAGUUGUUCAGGUGGUUUGAGGUGGAGAAACCAGACUUCGUCCAGCCAGCACAGACCCUGGACCUCACAGAUGCCUCUGGUCUGGAAGGAUGUACCAGCCCGAUGAACGGCAACAGUAACAGUGGCUCUCCGUCAUUCAUCUUCAAGCAGCCCUUCCUGCCAAUCACCUCCCCCGUCUCCCCGGCAGGAAAAGGAUGGAGCAAGAAGCAGCUCAGUCGUCCUCUCUCGGCGGUAGCCUUCAGUAUCCCUUUCCCUCUGGACAGUGACGUGGACGUCGUCAUGGGCAACCCCCUGUUCCGCUCCGUCAGCACCGACAGCCUGACCGCCGCCCAGGCCCCGCCCCCACCGUACACCCCGCCUGAGGACCUGAGUCACAUGAUCCCGUCCGCACCCAUGGGAGAGCUGCCCACCAUCGAGGAGGCACUGCAUGUCAUCCACGCUCCCAACGGCAGCGUGGCCGUGCGUCAGCGGCCAGAGGGGGCGCCGAGGCCGGUGGGCGUGGACUCGGCCGCCAUGGCGACGGUUGCUAACGGCAACCCGUCGUCGACCUCGCCCGCGGUUACCCCGCGUACCCCGACACGCAUGACCAGCUUCGCAGAGCGCCACCGCCGUCGGCACCCAGACUCUCCUGCAGGGGGCGGCACCACCCCCACCGCCACCACCCCCUCCUCCCCCUCCUCGCCCAGACCUUACCCCAGAGGAGGAGGCGCAGGUGGAGGUGUAGGAGGGGAGGACGUGGACGCGGACAGCCCGAGCGUGAGCAGCCCCGCUGGGCAGGCGGAGGCCUGGGAGCUGGCCUCCCGCCUGGAGGAGAAGCGGCGCGCCAUCGAGUCCCAGAAGAGGCGCAUCGAGGCCAUCUUCACCCGGCACCGGCAGCGGCUGGGGAAGACCGCCUUCCUGCAGCUGAAGAGGGAGCAGGCCUUCAGUAUCCCUUUCCCUCUGGACAGUGACGUGGACGUCGUCAUGGGCAACCCCCUGUUCCGCUCCGUCAGCACCGACAGCCUGACCGCCGCCCAGGCCCCGCCCCCACCUUACACCCCGCCCGAGGACCUGAGUCACAUGAUCCCACCCGCACCCAUGGGAGAGCUGCCCACCAUCGAGGAGGCACUGCAUGUCAUCCACGCUCCCAACGGCAGCGUGGCCGUGCGUCAGCGGCCAGAGGGGGCGCCGGCGGGCUUCUACCUGCACGCCACAGGCGAGGAGGACGAGGAGGAGGAAGAGGAGAAGAAGAAGAAGAAUAAGGGGGUAGGGCAGAGGUCACUGAAGGGAGGAGGGGCCAACAUGCUGAGUUGCUCCGCCCCUUGCCGCUCCAUGAUGCAGAGGCCGGUGGGCGUGGACUCGGCCGCCAUGGCGACGGUUGCUAACGGCAAUGCUAACGGCAACCCGUCGUCGACCUCGCCCGCGGUUACCCCGCGUACCCCGACACGCAUGACCAGCUUCGCCGAGCGCCACCGCCGUCGGCACCCAGACUCUCCUGCAGGGGGCGGCAACACCUCCACCUCCACCACCCCCUCCUCCCCCUCCUCGCCCAGACCUUAUCCCAGAGGAGGAGGUGCAGGUGGAGGUGUAGGAGGGGAGGACGUGGACGCGGACAGCCCGAGCGUGAGCAGCCCCGCUGGGCAGGCGGAGGCCUGGGAACUGGCCUCCCGCCUGGAGGAGAAGCGGCGCGCCAUCGAGUCCCAGAAGAGGCGCAUCGAGGCCAUCUUCACCCGGCACCGGCAGCGGCUGGGGAAGACCGCCUUCCUGCAGCUGAAGAGGGAGCAGGGUGAGGGGGAGAACGGAGGAGGAGGAGGAGGAGAGAAGGGAGGGGGAGGAGGAGGAGACGUGGACUCCUUGAGUCUGGAGGAGCGACUCUCUCGCAUGGAGGACGAGCUGCGCAGGGAGGAGGAGAAGGAGCGAGAGAAGGAGGAAGAGGAGGAGCAGAAGAAGGACAAGAAAGAGGCACCCAAGCUGGAGAAGCAAGUGACCUUCUCAGUGGACAGCCGGAAGGGGGCGGUGACCCCGGCCUCCCCUCUCAACCAAUACGACGAGGCCGUGACCAAGCUAAGCUCCGCCCUGCAGGCGCUGCAAAGGGACAUGCAGAAGCUGACGGAGCAGCAGCAGAAGCUGAUGGGAGGAGGAGGAGCAGGAGGAGGAGGAGGGCAGAAGAAGAAGAAGAUCUCCUCCUCUUCCUCCUCGGCUCCGUCCUCGGCCAAGACCACCCCGUCCCGCAAGACCCCCACGCCCAGCAAGGCAUGGGUCAUCCCGGCCGCAGCAGCGACUGCAACAACAGGCGUCGCCUCGGCAACCCCUCCACGGCUGUCCCGCGAGUCCACGCGCGACAUCUCGCCCUCUUCGUCCCCGUCACGCUCCCAACAACAGCCCACGGACACCCCUAAAUCCUCCACCACCGGAUCCAAACAGAAGACCCCCAAAAGCCCCUCCAAACAAACAGGUGGCGCCACUGGUGUCAGUAUUAGUGUGCCCAAAAGCCCCCGCCACCAUCACCGGCAGCCGCCGCAGCCGCAGCAGCCGUCCACACGUGGGUCCCUUCAGCGGCCAUCGGACCUGCGCUUCCCGCCGCUCGCCCGCGUCCUCACACCGCCCCAGAGCGUGGACACGCUGCCGCACCUGCGCCGCGUCUCACCCAGCAAGUGCCAGGUGCAGACGACCUCUUCCCUAAGGUUCGGCGGGCCCCUGACGCCCACACCACAGACCCCCAACCCACCUCCUCAGGGGGCUCCGGCGGCUGACAAGCCUGAGGAAAGUGUCUCGGAAUCAGGCUCGAGCGACGAGCAUGUGGCCCUGUUCAGCCUGGAGCUGGACGCCGGCCCUCCUUCUGUGACGGAGCUUGCAGGCGCUAACACUAGCACUAACGGUAGCACAGAUGCUAAUGUUGCAGCUAAUGCUAACGUUAGCAUGGAUGUUAACGCUAGCAGCACCGUCGCAGGGCCCCAGGUGUUCCCCAGAGGGCCGGGCUCACUGGCAGGCCGGAGCAGCAGGGGUGGGGAUGGCAGCAGCUCGGGCGCACCCUCCGAGUGCUCCUUCGACAGCGACUUCAUGAUCAGCGGGGAGAUGGGACUCCUCACGGACGGAGAGAUGGAGACGGAGACGGAUGGAGAAGUAACAGAAGGAGGGAGAGGAGGAGCGAGAGAGGACGAUAGUGAGAGGCUGCUGCAGGAGGCCCUAUCAUCCCUGGAGGGCCCACUGGGUGGCGCUGGUGGUGCUGAGGAGGAGACGGAUCAGGAGCAGGGGCCUGAGGUCUUCUCAUCCGACUCCAUGAGCGACAAGACCACAGAGUCCGAGGGCAGGGGAGCUAUAGGCUUCUACUUCAAGGUGAGGACGCUGUACUCAGAGGGCAGGGGAGCUAUAGGCUUCUACUUCAAGGAGGAGGGCCUGUCGGAGGAGGAGAUGGCUCAGAGGAAAGCAGCGCUGAUAGAGAGACAGCAGAGGAGAGCCGAGGAGAUGAGGAGACGCAGAGAGAGAGACCAGAGCCGGGCAUCCUCCACGGACGAGCUGCGCCUCUCCCAGUCGCUCCCCACUUCCUCCUUCUUCGCCCCGCCCCCUGUCAGCCAACAGCCAGUCGUCAUCCAGGCCACGCCCCCGUCGACGCCCCAGCGGCGGGCCAUGGGCUUCACGCGGCAGGAGUACGAGCGGCGGCACCAGCUGAAGAUCAUGUCCGACCUGGACAAGGUGCUGCGCCAGAAGCCGGCCGCUGCCAAGCAACAGAAACAACAACAACAACCAAGCAAGCAGCGCGGCAGCAAGAGGAGUGAUAACAGCAGUGGAGGUGGUGGUGGUGGUGGUGGUGGUGGGGGUUCCAGCACCGCCAAGAGUCCAGCCAAGGCCAAGGUGCUCCCAGAAGGUUCCAUGGCUGCUGCCGCCGUUAGCAACGGGCCUGUGCCUGCCGCCGUGAAGCCCCCUAGCCGGUCCAGUUCGCCCUCAGGAGGGCGCCGCCCCAUGUCGCCGUCGGGAGGGCGCCGCCCCAUGUCGCCGUGCCGCACCGUUGCCGGGGCGACGUCCAAUCAGAACGGAGACAAAGACAAGGGGGAGUGGGAGACGGGCUCGGCCGCCUCCUCGCCCGCGGCCGAGUACACGGGCCCCAAGCUGUACCGCGAGCCCAGCUUCAAGUCCAACAAGUUCAUCAUCCACAACGCCCUCACCCGCUGCUGCCUGGCCGGCAAGGUCAACCAGCCGCACAAGGACAAAAUCAUGGAGGAGAUCGAGAAGAGCUCGGCCAACCACUUCCUGAUCCUCUUCCGAGAUGCCCACUGCCAGUUCCGGGCGGUCUACACGGCCAGCGGUGGAGCGGAGGAGCUGGUGCGCCUGUGCGGCGUGGGCCCGCGUGUCAUUUCCUGCGCGGACGUGGAGGCCAUCUACAAGUACAGCUCGGACAGGAAGCAGUUCAGCGCCAUCCCCGCCAAGACCAUGAGCAUGAGCGUCGACGCCUUCACCAUCCCCGCCCACCUGUGGCAUGCCGCCAAGAAACAGGCCACGCCCAAAAAACAAGCCACGCCCAAAUGA